UGGCUGUCCAUGCGGUCCGUUUCUACCUUCUCUGUCCCGCCGCAGGGAUUCUGCCCUCUAUUUCUUGCCCGCGAAGCAAUAUUUCCUUCGGAAAGCCCAAAACCUGCCCCCCAAAUAUUGGUUAAAAAAAAACUCGCUUCUCUACUAGGUUUCAUCCCUAUUACCUCCGCUGGCGAUGGCCGACGAACUGCCGGCGCCGGCGCCGCUGGACCUCGGCGACCUGAGGGCCGUCGCCGUCCUCGGCCGCGGUGCCAAGGGCGUCGUCUUCCUCGUCCGCGCCCCCACCUCCCCCGAGGCCCUCGCCCUCAAGGCCAUCUCCCGGUCCUCCAUCGAGCACAAGAAUAAUACAGACUCCGCCUCCGACGACGCCUAUCGCCGGGUCUGGUUCGAGCGGGACGUCCUCCUCGCCGUCUGCCAUCCCUUGCUCCCCUCCCUCCGUGGCGUCGUCUCCACCGAUAAGAUCGUCGGGUUCGUCAUCCAGCGCUGCUCCGGCGGCGAUCUCAACGCUCUCCGCCGGCGCCAGACGGAGAGGAUGUUCUCUGACGGUGUCAUCCGGUUUUACGCGGCGGAGCUGGUGCUCGCCCUGGAGUACUUGCACGGAUUGGGGAUCGUCUACAGAGAUUUGAAGCCCGAGAACGUUUUGAUCCAAGAAAACGGCCAUCUGAUGCUCAUCGACUUCGACCUCUCCACCAGGCUCCCGGCGAGACCGCCGGAACCUCUCAAAGUCGCCGCCAAGAAACCUGAACCCCACCGCCGCCGCGAUCAUCCGCCGCCGGCGGCCCCCGCAAAGAAGAAGCGCUUCCCGCGCUGGUUCUCCUGCAAUGCCGGCGUGUCGCCGGAGAGCUCCGACUCGCCGGAGGAGGGCUUCGUCUCCGCCGGCGACGAGUCCACCUCCGGGUCGUCGGCGUCGGGGAAGUCGAACUCGUUCGUGGGGACGGAGGAGUACGUGGCGCCCGAGAUCAUCCAGGGGAACGGCCACGAUUUCGCCGUCGACUGGUGGAGCCUCGGCGUCCUCCUCUACGAGAUGCUCUACGGCCGGACGCCGUUCCGGGGGCAAAAUCGGAAGGAAACGUUCUACCGGAUCCUAACAAUGGAGCCGGAGCUGACGGGAGAGCAAACGCCGUUACGGGAUCUGAUACGCCGUCUCCUCGAGAAGGACCCCGGGAGGAGAAUCUCGUCUGACGGCGUCAAGCAGCACGACUUUUUCAGAGGGGUAGACUGGGACUCGGUCCUUCGGAUAUCGCGGCCGCCGUUUAUUCCGGCGGUGGCAGAUUGGGAAGAGGAGGGCGCGGAGGGCCAUGAUCCCAUCGAUGUGGAGAAGUCGGUGCAAGAGGUAUUCGGAAACCGUAACGAUAACGGUAACGGAAAUGCCGCCGCCAAUGUCCUAACGGACAGAAUCUCGGUUGGGAACAAGGAGGAAGGAACGACAGAUCCUUCCAGAACCGCCGAUUUUUCUGUUUUUUGAAAAAAAAAAUUCUUCUGAUACUCUACACCACUUUUUUUUUCUUCCAACGGUACAAUUAUGGAAGGGAAAUAUACGUUCUUUUAUCAUUUUUGGAUAGCUGUUAUUGUUAUAAUAGGUAAUUAUGUACGUUAAAAGCAACAAAUGUAACAUAACAAAAUCAUAUUUUAUAGACUUUAUGCAUGUA